CAGUAUAAAACCCUGGGGAGGAGACAGUGUCAUGUCAGAUGCCCUUGUGUGUUAGCAGUCUCUAGCUCGCUCAUCAUGCGUGAAAUUGUACAUCUACAGAUUGGACAGUGUGGAAAUCAGAUAGGCUCUAAGUUUUGGGAGGUGAUCAGCGAGGAGCAUGGAAUCAGUGCUACAGGAAUGUAUGAGGGGGAUGAUCCUCUUCAGCUGGAGAGGCUCAACGUCUACUUCAACGAGGCAAAUGGUGGUAAAUAUGUUCCCCGGGGCCUGCUCCUUGACCUAGAACCAGGGACCAUGGACAGUGUCAGGGGUAGCCGCAUAGGAGCUCUCUUCAGGCCAGAUAACUUUAUACAUGGAAACUCUGGUGCUGGGAACAACUGGGCCAAGGGCCACUACACAGAGGGAGCAGAGCUUGUGGACACCGUGAUUGACAGGGUGCGUCAGGAGAGCGAGGGAUGCGACUGCCUUCAGGGCUUCCAGUUCGUCCACUCCCUAGGUGGCGGGACGGGGUCCGGCAUGGGCACCCUCAUCAUCAACAAGAUCCGUGAGGAGUACCCCGAUCGCAUCAUGACCAGCUUCAGUGUCCUGCCCUCGCCCAAGGUGUCAGACGUCGUGGUGGAGCCCUACAAUGCCACGCUGUCCAUCCACCAGCUCCUAGAGAACACGGAUGAGACCUUCUGCAUCGACAACGAGGCUCUCUAUGACAUCUGCUUCCGUACGUUGAAGCUCACCAACCCGACCUACGGUGACCUGAACCACCUGGUGUGCAUGACCAUGAGCGGAGUCACGACCUCCCUGAGGUUCCCAGGCCAGCUCAACGCCGAUCUGAGGAAGUUAGCUGUCAACAUGGUGCCCUUUCCCCGCCUCCACUUCUUCAUGUCGGGCUUUGCACCUCUCACAGCUCGCGGCAGCCAGAAGUACCGCACUCUCUCCGUGCCCGAGCUCACCCAGCAGAUGUUUGAUGCCCGUAAUAUGAUGACCGCCUGCGAUCCCCGAAGAGGGCGCUAUCUGACCGUGGCUGGGAUGUUCCGUGGCAAGAUGUCCACCAAGGAAGUGGACGAGCAGAUGCUGAUGAUGCAACAGAGGAACAGCAACUACUUUGUGGACUGGAUCCCUCACAACUGUAAAGUAUCCGUAUGUGACAUCCCACCUCGGGGGCUCACAAUGGCUUCCACCUUCAUUGGCAACAACACGGCCAUUCAGGAGAUCUUCCGUCGCGUAGGAGACCAGUUCUCGCUCAUGUUCAGGCGCAAGGCCUUCCUGCACUGGUACACUGGCGAGGGCAUGGACGAGAUGGAGUUCACAGAGGCAGAGAACAAUCUGAAUGACCUGGUGUCCGAGUACCAGCAGUACCAGGAUGCCAAGGCUGACGAGGAGGGUUGGGGGCCCGAGGAGGUGGCUGAGGAAGAGUCGGCUUCACCGGCUGCAACGAGAGUUCAGAGUACGGAAGUUACGACGAUGGAGACUGUGACAGAGACUAUUGAAACCAUUGAGACUAUAGCUGAGUAGAUGUGGCAUCAUAUGUUGUGUGGAAUAAUCAUAUUGUCACUGUCUUCUCGGUUCUGAGCAGCAAGGCUGGAAGUUUCUGGAAGCUUCAACAAGAGUUUUUCCUGAUAGUUUAUAACAAGGGCCCAGAGUUUUUCCAGGUCAGGUCAUGAGGUCAGGGAAAACUUCUGGCCCUACUCUAGUAUUUGAGUCAUAGUGUCCAAAGGAGAUAUCAGGAUAAUUGCCUGUUUAAUGAAAUGUUCAGUGUGGUAAUAGAGAGCGGCAAUGCAGUGUCAAUUGUCUGCAUUUGUAUACUGAUGUAGGCCUAUUUGAUGUGUUUUAUGAAACUGAAUAGAUCACGGAAGAAUCUGUCUGACAAAUAUAGAUAACAAAUUCUGUCAAUGUUGUAAUGUAGACUACCAGAUUUCCCAAACUUGAUUGAGAUCAUAUGCACAUUUUUAAAAGCUGUAUUUAAAAGGGGAGUAUAAUGUUCUAUUUGUUAAUUAUUUUGUGCCUCAGCAAUUUUAGCAAUGUAUUCAGUGUGAUAUUGUGAACCAUUUGUAUUAUAUUAUUAAAAUUCUCCAUUAUAACAAU